UCUCCGUCGGCGCUGCUCCGCCGGUGCUCAGUGAGUGUCGGUGUGAGUGAGCCGGCGAGUGUGUGUGCCCGCGGGUCUGAGCCGGUGUGUGUGUCCGCGGGAUCGGUGAUGAUGGCGGCGGCGCUGGACAGAGGAGGGCAGCGGGUGAUCCCGGCAGCGGAUCCGGUGUCCGGUGCUCUGCUGUGCGGCUCCGGCUCCACACCCGUCCCGAUGAACCUCUUCGCCACCUGGGAGAUCGACCGCUCCUCCCCGAGCUGCGUGCCGCGGCUGUGCAGUCUGACGCUGAAGAGGCUGAUCGUGUUGAAGGAGCUGGAUAAAGAUCUGAACUCAGUGCUCAUCGCUGUGAAGAUUCAGGGCUCCAAACGAGUGCUGCGGUCAAACGAGUAUGCUCUUCCUCCCAGUGGUGUGAUGGAGACAGAGCUGGAGCUCACCUUCUCUCUACAGUAUCCUCACUUUCUGAAGAGAGACGCCAACCGCCUGCAGAUCAUGCUACAGAGAAGGAAACGCUACAAAAACAGAACCAUUCUGGGCUACAAGACGCUGGCUGUGGGAGUCAUCAACAUGGCCGAGGUGCUCCAGCAUCCCACACAGGGAGGUCAGAUUCUGCAUCUCCACGGCAACAUGAAGGAUGCUCCCACACGGCUGGCUGAAAUCAGUGUGUUCUCGCUGUCCAGCCAACCCAUUGACCACGAGUACAGCAGCAGCAUGGGCGGAGCCACCAUCAAAGCCUUGGAUCGUUCUCCUGAUAUGGAUAAUUACUCAGAGGAUGAUGAGGACAGUUAUUCGUCAGAGCAGGAGGGCAGUGAUGAUGCUGGACAUACACAGGAUCUGUAUGAUGAGGAUGACGACUUACGAAAGCCCAAAAAAACCCGACGGAAGAUGACCAGAUCCAUCUCCAUAACACGACAGCCCAAUUUCAAGCAGAAGUUUGUGGCUUUACUGAAGAGAUUCAAGGUGUCAGAUGAGGUGCUGGACUCAGACCCAGUGGAGCAGACGCAAGAGGUGGAGGAGGAGGAUCUGGACCUGCUGUACGACAGUCUGGAGAUGUUCAAUCAGAGCGACAGCGGGCCCGAGCUGGAGGACACCGACAGCCUGCUGAGCACACCCAAACCCAAACUCAGGCCGUUCUUCGAGGGCAUGUCUCACUCCAGCUCUCAAACCGAGAUCAGCAGCGUUCACAGCCAACACACAGCACUCAACACGGGAUGUGACUUCCUGUCAGUGGAGCGGAGCAAGAAGACCAGCAGCAGACAGCAGGAGGACAGCAGCAUGGAGACCAGCGGCGGGGAGGCUGACGCAGAGCAUCAUGGGAUGGUGAUGGCGGAUGUGUUGGAGAGCAGCAGUGAUCGACUGAACAUCUCUGGAGGAAAAUUCUGCAAGUCUGAGUCUCAGAGCCACAGUAAAGCAGAGGUCAAGGCUCCGCGGCGGAUACGCAGCACCUCCAUGAAGGACAGACAGAACUCUCGAGCUCAGAGCGAACGCACCAUCAGCAUGGACAGUGAAUACACACCCCACAGCCGCUUCACUGCACAGGUUCCCAGGAAGUCUGUGUAUGACCAGCUGAACCAGAUCCUGAUCUCAGAUGAGAGACUCCCAGAGAACAUCAUCCUCAUCAACACUGUCGACUGGCAGGGCCAGUAUGUGGCGGAGAUCCUGCAGAAGCACACUCAGCCCAUAGUGUCCACGUGCUCCGCUGCUGACGUCCAGGCCGCAUUCAACACCAUCGUAACACGCAUUCAGAGAUUCUGUAACUGUAACGCCCAGACUCCGCCCACUGUUAAAGUGGCAGUGACGGGCGAUCAGAGCUUCCUCAGCACGGUGCUGCGCUUCUUUGUGGAGCAGCUGGCCAACAAGACGCCUGAUUGGCUGAGCUACAUCCGCUUCCUGAUCAUCCCCAUUGGUUCUCAUCCGCUCGCCAAAUACAUUGCGUCGUUCGACAGUAAGUUCAGCAGCAUGUUCAUGGAGCCGUCGUGGAGGGAGCUGUUCUGCCGGCCAGAGCCCCCGAGCACAGACUCUGUGGAUGUGGCUGGACGGAUCAUCCAGUAUCUGGCCGAAGCCAACGUGUGUCACCCAUUCCCCAUCUCUGAGGCCAUGCUGACCUACAGACAGAAGAGUCCUGAUGAAGACUCCUGCCAGAAGUUUGUGCCAUUCAUCGGGGUGGUGAAGGUGGGCAUCGUGGAGCACAGUCUGUCCACAUCAGUGGACUCUGAUGAUGCCAUGGGCGGAGGAGUGGGUGUGGCUUCUCCACUCAUGAUGCAGUCAGCCACACCCUAUGGGAGGGAGAUAUGUGUGACUCCGCCCCCCUCGCCCUCUGCAUGUGCUGUUUUCACUGGAGUGGGGUCUCCGUGCACCGGCGGCGAGCUGAUGGGUCUGCAGGUGGAUUAUUGGGUGUGUGUGAGCGCGGACAGGAAGCGUGAGGGGGAGAAGCGUGAGGUGGGCCUGAAGAACACACUGAAGAGUAACUUCCGCUCGCUGCAGGUCAGCCGGCUGCCCAGCGGGGGCGACACCGCGCACACACACACACUCGCCAUGACCGUCGUCACCAAGGAGAAGAACAAGAAAGUGAUUUUCCUCAGUAAGAAGCCGAAGGAGAAGGAAGUGGAUUCUAAGAGUCAGGUGAUCGACGGCAUCAGUCGGCUCAUCUGUACAGCCAAACACCAGCACACCAUGCUGAGAGUCUGCAUUGAUGGCGUGGAGUGGAACGAUGUCAAGUUCUUCCAGCUGGCGGCGCAGUGGCCCACACAUGUCAAACACUUCCCCGUGGGUGUGUUCGGCUACAGCAAACCUGUGUGAUUGUGUGUGUGUGUGUGUGUAUGCGCGCUGACCAGAGGCGCUCGGUCAACAGGUUCCCAUGGAAACCCACAGUCGGCGCUUCAGUCGACACUAUCGGCAUCAGCUGUGUUCUAGCCGUGUGUGCUGCGAUGGCCAGCGGGAGGCACCUUAUCAUUUCUGUGAAAUCCUGUGUAGAAUGCUGUGUCAGGUGCAUGAUGGGAAGGCGAGUGCGUGGAGCCAUGCUGAGCUGUUUUACUGUGAAUUUAAAUGGAUUUUGUAGCUCAAUUGUGAAGUGUUUUAGUGUCUUUGUGGUGUUUUGUAGUUGAUAAAGCACAGAGUCAGAUGAGCAGGGGUAUUACAGCACACACACUCAUUCAUCACAGGACACGACGGGGUCCCUUCACCCUAAAACAGCAUUCUGUCCUCAUCUAUUCAUACUUUCCUCAGGUCAAACAUUAUGAGCUUCUGUAUUCUGUUGAACACUAAAGAAGAUAUUUUGAAGAAUGUUGAAAACCGGUAACCAUUGACUUCAGCUAUGGAAGUCAAUAGUUACCGGUUUCUUACUAAAUAUCUUCUUCAGAGUUCAACAGAAGGAAGAAACUCAGUAAGGUUAGACCAAUAUUGAGUAUUUAUUUUGGAUUGUAAGGCCCGUGCACAUCGCACCACUGCACUCUCAGCUUUAAUGAGGAGUGAUUGACGACGGGGUGUUGAAUUAUUCAGGGUGUCCACCGCUCCUGCAGUUCAGCAUGCCAUUAUUAAAGCUUGAUUCCAGAUAUAUCUGGGAUAUCUUUAAUUCUUUGUGUUGUAUUUUGUCAUCGCAUUACUUCACGCCUGCUGUUGUGUUUCAGCUCUAUUUUGUUCCUCUCAUGCUCUUCAGCUGGCAGUCGCUUAAAGGGUUAGUUCACCCAAAGAGGAAGAUUCUGCUAUUAAUCACUGACCCUCAUGCUGUUAUAAUCCUCCCAUGGCUUUAGUUCACCUUCAGGAUAUAAAUGAAGACAGUGAAGCGGAGUGUGUGUCACUCAUCAGGGGUGUGUUUAUAGUUAUCCCCCAUCCGCAGGUGAUUAUUACUCCUCCUCUUGAGCUGCUGAAUCCACUGUUCAGAUGUUGUGUCGUCCUCCUCCUCCUCCUCCUCCUCCUGUUGUGAUUUCUGACUGUUGUAGCUGUGGAAUAAUCAUUCAGCGGAGUGAUAUGAAGCUGUAAUGCACUCUAAACCUGCCGGAACUACUUUAGCUGUGCCUUUAUCUGACAAUAACCAAACACCUGAGAGUGACCAUUAGCCAAUCAGAAUCCAGCAUUCAGCAGAGGUGUAGUAUGAAAGGAAAACCCACUCAUAAUGUAGUCUCAGAAAUAGCUGUGGUCAGUCAGAGAGCGGCAGUGUUGGUGUAAUACACACAGUGUUGUGAACGGGCCUUUACCUCCAUCAUCAUCGUGUUUACUGCAUUAAUCUUGUUUGGGAGGAAACGGCCUGCAUUUCCAGCCCGUCAGUGUUUGUGUUGUGCUCAUAUUAGUGUUGAACUGUUUGGAUCUGAACGUGUGUGUGUGUGUGAGUGUGUGUGUGUUGAAUCUUUAACACUGCUUCUGGUGUUUUGGUGUCCCACACAUGUGUUUAGAUGGUCUCGGUCUAUCCUCAGUGUCAAUUUAAUGUUUAUUUCCUAAAUAACCACUGAAGUCAGAUUCCCUGUCCACACCGCUGCUUCUGCAACACCAGAUUCAGCCGCACUUUACUGUGGUAAACACAGUAAUCUUACAAUAAUCUCCAUUCAUCCUCACUUCAGUCCCGCACGGCUGACUUUACUCUGCAGAACAGGAGGAGAUCUUGUGUCUCUGUAACGUGUCUCGUGUCUCUGAGAGUCUCGUGUCUCUGUAACGUCUUUUAUAUUUCACAGAAGAGAUGAAGCCUAGUCAGUUUGACAAUAUACAGGUCAAGAUUAAAUUACUCGCCCUACUCUAAAAUAUUCUGUUUUUAAAGUGUUUCGCUAGUGCUGAUUAAAAGAUUUUGCAACCCAUUUCUAAACACAAUAGAUUUAGGGCUCUAUCCUACACCCGGCGCAAUAAGGUGCAAGACGUGUUUGGCGUGAUUUGUUGCUAUUUUCAGACCAGCGCAGCAGUAAUUUUUACAUUUUGCUCUACAGUGUUUAAAUAGUAACUCCAUUUGUGUCACUCUGUGGACUCAUGUGUGUGCUGGUCUAUAAAGGAGCUGUGUUAAGGCGCAUUGUUGGAGCGUUGCUCUAUUGAGGAACUGAAAUAGACCAACAGCACCAUUGACCAACUAAAAGCUGCUCUAAAGUCCAGUGCAGAGCGUGUUAGUUAUGAGCCUUAAACGCUUACACACUGCUGAAUACACACAGGAUGAACAGCAACACACAAAUAUCUUAACAGAUGAAAACAAUUAAAGGAUUAAAAUGAUCCAGAAAUGAUGAUUUUCUACAUCAAUAUAAACAGCACUGCCUCCAGGCCUUCUUCACCUCGGGGGGGCUUUA